CAGUCCGGUGAUGUAAUGAAGUAAAAGAGGAGUAAAGAUGGCGGAGAACAGCGGCACAGAUCCUGCCGUGAAUACGAACACCGAGGAAAAUGCUGCCACCAGCGGGACCAUUAUCAUGGUCACUGUCAAAACUCCGAAGGAUAAAGAGGAAAUAGCUAUAUCUGAAGAUUCGUCUGUUGCGCAGUUUAAGGAGGAAAUAUCAAAGAGAUUUAAGGCAAAACAGGACCAGUUGGUAUUAAUUUUUGCUGGAAAAAUCCUUAAAGACGGUGACACGCUGAACCAACACGGCAUCAAAGAUGGACUCACUGUCCACCUCGUCAUCAAAACCGCGCAAAAAGCCUCGGGAGGUGGCAGUUCACAAGCAUCAGUGUCCACCACCCCUGGCACACCACCUGUGAAUAGAAGUGGCACUGGCUCUGCCAAUCCUAGUCCAGCGUCCACCGGGGGCACGGCACAGGGCACAGGCCCAUCUCCUGCCCCUGCUCAGCCUGCCAACCUACUGUCUGGGUUUGGGGACCUGUCCAAUCUGUCAGGUUUGGGCAUGGGCUCAGCCAACUUCAUGGAGCUGCAGCAGCAGAUGCAGCGGCAGCUGAUGUCCAACCCCGAGAUGCUGUCGCAGAUCAUGGAGAACCCACUGGUGCAGAACAUGAUGUCCAACCCGGAUCUGAUGCGGCAGAUGAUCGUGGCCAACCCACAGAUGCAGCAGCUGAUGGAGCGCAACCCAGAAAUCUCGCACAUGCUCAACAAUCCCGAGCUCAUGAGACAGACUAUGGAGUUGGCAAGGAACCCAGCUAUGAUGCAAGAGAUGAUGCGUAACCAGGACCGGGCGCUUAGCAACCUGGAGAGCAUCCCAGGUGGAUACAAUGCCCUAAGGAGGAUGUAUACAGACAUUCAGGAGCCCAUGUUCAGUGCUGCGAGAGAACAGUUUGGAAACAACCCCUUCUCUGCCUUGGGAGGAAAUGGAGAAAACUCUGGGGUUCAGCCCUCCAGGACAGAAAACAGAGAGCCUUUGCCAAACCCCUGGGGCCCUUCUAGCACCGGCUCCACUGAGAACAGAGCCACUGGCACCACCACCACCACCUCCUCCACCAGCUCCUCGACUAGCGGAACCACCCCCAGCGUCUCUAACCCCCUGGGCGUCGAUGCAGCCAGCCUUGGAAACGGCAUUUUCAACAGUCCUGGCAUGCAGAGCCUGAUGCAGCAGAUCUCUGAGAACCCACAGCUGAUGCAGAACAUGCUCUCUGCUCCAUACAUGCGCAGUAUGAUGCAGUCUCUGGCGCAGAACCCAGAUAUCGCUUCACAGGUUCUGAUGAACAAUCCCCUCUUUGCUGGUAACCCACAACUACAGGAGCAACUGAGACACCAGCUGCCUGUGUUUCUUCAGCAGAUGCAGAACCCAGAGGCCCUGUCCGUGAUGACGAACCCACGGGCCAUGCAGGCCCUCAUGCAGAUCCAGCAAGGCCUGCAGACCCUUCAGACCGAAUGCCCUGGGCUCAUGCCCAGUCUCGUCCCUGGCGGUUUGCCUGGCGGUUUGCCUGGUGGUUUGCCUGGCGGUAUCCCCGUGGGUCUCCCAGGUGGUCUCCCAGGUGGUCUCCCAGGUGGUCUCUCAGGUGGUCUCCCAGGUGGCAUCCCUGGUGGUAUCCCAGGUGGUAUCCCAGGUGCCCCUGUUCCUGCAGCAGGCAGCGCGCCCGCAGAGAACCCGCCUCCUCCUUCGGGCCAGGGGUCCACCCCCGCUGCUGGGGCCAACCCCACUCAGCAGCAGCUUAUGCAGCAAAUGUUACAGAUGUUUGCCGGAGGAAGUGCAUCAACCCAGACUCCAGAGGUGAGGUUUCAGCAGCAGCUGGAGCAGCUGAGCGCCAUGGGCUUCAUCAACCGCGAGGCCAAUCUGCAGGCCCUGAUUGCCACGGGGGGAGACAUCAAUGCCGCCAUCGAAAGACUACUAGGCUCCCAGCCCUCCUAACUCCUCGGCCACCAGAGAGCCCGGAGCGGGGCGGGGGGGCUGCAGUGGGAGGGAUGGAUGGAUGGAUGGAUGGGGGAGAUCAUAACGAAAUGAACACAGUCCUUCACCACAUGAGAAAAAAAAAGAAAAAACAAACUAAAUCUACAACAGCAACCCCCCUGAAUAGACUGAAUUCCAAUUGCAUCUCAUCUUCUUUCUGUUUUCCUUUUUUCUUUCUUUUCUUUUUUUCCCACCCUUUCUUACCCACCUCACCCCCUCCCGUCCCCUCUGGUUGAUCUGUGAAAAUCAUAGGAAUUGGGGUUUUCAAAACUAAAAUUAACUGGGCAAACCAACGAAGUAAUCAGUAUGAAAUGAUGUCAUACUAACAUCUUUUCCCCCUCUGCUCGCUGACAGCUGAGACCCUAACAAGAUGAUACACACACAGCUGAACUUUUGUCCUCUGUGCUUCCUCCCUCUUAGCCGACCAUUCCUUUUCGGAUUGAGACAAACGUACAUGCGUAAAUUUCUCUGUCGAGGCAGUACUUGUGGUAGGAGGCGUUGUAGGGGGAAAUAAGCCUUUUUAAUUCUUAGAACAAAGACUCCCUGUGUUUCGUAAGAAUGCUCACUUCAUCUUAAUUCUCUCAGUCUCUCCUUGAUCAUGCUGGAUUAAGAUCAGUAUUUAUUGCAACAGCUGUAGACAUUUCUCCCUCACCCGCCUCUCUCCCACCUCUCUUCCUUCCUGUGCCACCCCUUCUCAUUUCACACUGCUUUGAGAAUUCCUUGACAUUUGACGUGUUAAUUGAAAUCUAAUAUUGAUGAGGAUGUUGGAAUCCCUGUUUGAGCACCAUAACACCCUGACUCAGAUGAUUGCUUACACUUCAGCUUCUGUAGAGAGGAAUGGAUUUGGAAUGGGAAGAAAAGAUAUAAUUACUCGAGAAAAAAAGGCAUUGUCAUCUCCUUUAGUCAUUGCUUACUGACAGGUGUACAUGAAACUAUGGUUGAGGCUUUUCCGUAUGGUUAAGAAUGUAACAAGGUAUCAAUAAAUAUUUCUAAGCUGAAGAGCCAUGUUAAGAAGCUUACAACUUUUAUUUUGUCCAUAUCCCUAUUCUUUGACAUAGAAGAGAUUGCUGCUGUGCUUGGAAAAAAAAAAGAAAAAACUUGUACAUUUGAUGCAGCAUCAUACUUAAGAUCUGCCAGUAACGGAAUAGCAUGAUAGCUAUGAUGCUUUAUUUUCAACCUGUUCACCAACUAUAUGGCUAGCUUACAGCAGUCUAAUGCAACUAACAGUUGAAUUUUGAUGUGAAUUAAAAUGUCUUCAACUUUG